CAGUUUUCAGUCUAUGGUUUCAAGCUCUGUUAAAACUUUAAAAAUUUAAUACUAAAUAUUUGGUAAAACAAUUAUUAAUAGAUUUUAGAUACCUAGCUGUUUUGUAUUAAACUGAAUUUGAUGCAUUAUUUUUAGCGUAGAAAUUUUAUAUUGUAUCAAGAUAAUGUUCUAAAAAUAAAAAACAAUGUUGUUUUUGCGCAUUUUUUUUUCUUCUAGACUUGACAUAACGUUGUUAAUGUUUGUCGAACAAUGAACGGUGCAUUGUGAAUUUUGUGAAGCAAACGCAAACCGUGCGACAUUUUGUUGUUUUUUUUUUCAUUGUUGCAAUUCUACAUUGUAUAAUACGCGUGAAUCGAAUCGAAGCGCUUGUGGCGUAUACGUGAUGCGUAUUUUUGCACGAUGAAAUUAUAAAAACGAGAUUUGGAAUAAGUAUACGUGGGCAGUUAGCUUGUUUGCGUUUUCAGUGAUGUAUCACUGUAGGGACGCGUAGUAAGUACUGAAAGUGUUACGGGUAGCGGAUAGUAGGGCGGAGGUGUAUUUUCGGAGGAGAUUUGGCGCGUCUACGUUUAGGAUGGCGAUGGCAGAACAGUUCUCGUUGCGGUGGAACGACUUCCAUUCGAACUUGUCUCAGUCUUUUCACGCUUUGCUGGAAGGCGAGGACCUGGUGGACGUGACGCUUGCGGCGGGUGGCCAGUAUGUCCAUGCACACAAGCUUAUCCUCUCGGUCUGCAGCCCUUAUUUUAAGGAACUAUUCAAGAUGAAUCCAUGUGAGCAUCCAAUAGUAAUUCUCAAAGAUGUGGAGCUGCAAGAGCUACGUCAGCUCCUUCAGUUCAUGUACCGAGGUGAGGUGCAUGUACGUCAGCAAGAGUUAUCCGGGUUCUUACACACAGCCGAGUUGCUUCAAGUUAAAGGCUUAACUGGUGGUAGGGAGAAGAGUGAGUCGCCACCUCCGGUGACAGAAGAGAAGCAAGUAACAAAACCAAGUAUCUCGGAACCAUCACCGGAGAGUCAACAGGAAUGGGUGCCGGGCGGCGAGGACACCAUCGCUACUGAGACUCUGGCUGAAACCUCUGACAGUGCAUCAGUCAAAGAGGAAACCGUCAGAAGUCCUUUGAAAAGAUUAUUAAAAAAUACGCCGAAUAAAAACGCCAGCGUCAAGAAAAAACCUAGACCGGUCAACGACAGCCCCACACACCCCGAAAACACCGACUAUGCCUACGACAGUGAACCUCUCAUCGACUUCGACAACGACUUGUUUCACAGCGUGCUCGUCCUGCCCGAAACCAAGGAAGCCGGCUGGAAUUGCAAGACGGGCGGCGUGAAGUGCCCGAACUGCCACCGGUUCUUCGCGAACCGCUACAACCUGAAGGUGCACAUCCGGGACAAGCACGACACGCGCGAGGGCACGCUGCAGUGCGACAUCUGCCAGAAGCGGAUGCGCAACCCGUCGUGUCUGCGCGUGCACAAGUACCACCACCGCAAGCAGGCCGCCUACCUCGCUCAGCUGACGACGCAGGGUGAUCAAAUGAAGCAAGUCGUUCAAAACAUGGUUGGAGCUAAGUGGCGUGCUGAUCCAGGUCUUGGGGUCGAUUUCAGGGAAUACGAGAACUCGCAGAGCUCUAUGGGUAACAAAUGGCGCAGUGAAACAGCGCUCUCUACUGAUUACAAGGAGUAUGAGAGUAGUCCACGGGCUACAACUCCUGGUCCGAACACGCCCGCAAGCCAAACGCCGGAUAAUAAGUAUCAAGCUACAACGCCUGAACGAUCUUCCAAAUCCGAGAACGAAGACACGGUAUGAAGGGUUGCUUCUUGACCAUUAAAAAAAGAACAAAAACGUAUAGGGCAUGUAAAAUAUUUAACUUGAGUAAACAGUGAUUAAUGUCAGAUGAAAUAAUGAAAAAACACUUGAGAUCUGAAUGUUUUGUCAGUAAAAUUACUCAUAGUUAAAUGUUUUGCAUUUUCAUUUUUAACACAACGAGAUAAACUGAGUAUAUUAUGUAUAUACGUGAGGGUCAUUAAACGUUGAUCUUAAAAUUUAAUGACAAUAGACUAUUUGAUGAUAAUACUGAGGAAUUUAUUGCUAGAGAGUAUCUUUAAUAGAAAAGAUAACUGUUAACAUGAAUUUUAACCGUUUUGUGUGACGUCACAGUAUAUAACUGCUCACAACUAAAUUAAAUAAAUAAAGAAUAUAAUAGAAAUUCCAAUCUUGAAUCGUGUUAAUUAUAAUAAAUUUAACUAGUGAAUACGUAAUUAAGACGAUCAUUUCUUAAAUUAGCCACGUUAAUUUAAAAGCAAAUAAAAACACUCUUAAUUAUGUUUACAGUAUGGACUGUGUUAAGUUGAGACUCAAUUCUGAAAAGUAUUUUAAUCAACAGACAGUUUCGCUUUUAGAGUAUGUUUACAGUUUUAUAUUUAUAUUUCAAUAAAUUUUUGAGCAAGUAAUAAAUAGUAAUAAAAAGCUUACAAUGCUUAUUUGUGUUAAAUGUCACUAGGCACGAGUUGUUUGUUAAUUAAUUGGUUUGCAUUAUCGUACCAAAAAGUAUGUGCACGAUUAUAUAUGUCAAUUUAUUUUAAAAAAAAAAUCUUAAAAUGGCGUGUAAAUAAAUUGUGCACAAAUAAAUUAUUAUGAAAACAAUUUUUUAGUAACAGUUGAAACCUCUAAGCUAAGAUAAGCGAGACUUGAAAGAGCUUUGGUUUAGGGCUUGAUACGUGAUGAUUUAAUCGCCUGGGAUCACUUUAGUUAGUCCGUACCAUGAAUACGAAAAAGUAUAAAAACAUUAAUUGAAAAACAUGAAAUGUGGUAGGUACACUAGCCAGUAAUUCUUAUUUUAACGUUUAGAUGUAAUCAUCGAAAUCGUUAGUUAUAUACGAGACGAUAUCUGCUUAUUUUCAUGUUCAUGUGCUCUUCUAAUUGUUUGGAAAAAUAUUACUUUACUCAAAUAAGAGUGAAUAUUUCAUGAAAAAGUCUAUGUUUAAUAUGCAAAAUAAAAAUUAUAAACGUUAUUAUAAUAUUAUUUGUUUCUAUACCGCUGCUAUUGAAAGCAUGUUUAUUGUACUGUGACGCCGUUAUAUCACUGGAUGAUGUAUUCAAAGGCAUGUGUGAAGAAUAUAAAAGUAUUAAUUAUACUAAAGCGAUUCGAAUAUCAAUAUUAUUGCUCGCAGGAUUCGAAUUACAGUUAAAUCAAUCAAAUAGUCUAUCGUCGGAAUAUGUGUAAUAAUAUAUAAUAAAAGGUACAUUUUUGGUGCAUUUUUGAAUACUCUAAUGGAGAGAUUAUUUUAAUAAAUUACGAAUUAGAUCAUUAUAUUAAUCUGACUUGUGUACAAAACGUUUUUGUUGCGUUUUUUGUAUAUGUAUACAUUCCAUAACAGAAUAUCCAAAGACUGAAAUACUUCGAACAAAAUACAUUCUUAUAUAUAAAAUGCCUAAGAUAAUAUUGUAGGUGAAUAAUAUGUUUUUUAUCGUUCACAAUGUAUUAUUCAUUCGAUUCCAUUUGCAUGCCCUUUGGUGGUGGUUUAGCAUAAUAUAACUUUCGUAAUUUUUUCUAUGACAAAAGGAUAAAAAACAUAUUCUUCUCUCUCACGAUUGAGGUUGAAACUGGGACAUGUAGUGUCUCAAUAAGUCAUUUUCGAUUAUGUCUCGGUGUCCCAUAAUAUUCGCAGAGUACAACUUUUUUUUUGUUUGUAAUUAGGCAGCUAGGUCGAGAAAUUUAGAGUUUGUAUUUGAAUCGUUGCCAUUAUUUAAAACGAACGUACAAAUAAGACGUCCCGUAAUUAAUUUUCGAUUAUCGAUACGAUGCUGAGUUGUGUGAUGGUGUAAUGAAGUUGUUCACCAAAAUGUAGUAAGCAUAACCUAACAGUACAAAAUACGAUAUUGUUUAAUUCAUCUAUAAAUUUAUGCUUUACUUAGUUGUAGGUUUUACAAAAUAAUUAGUAUUAAGUGAAAAUACAAAAACUUAUUUUUCGAAUACGGUUCAAUUUAGGCUUGUAAAUUUUAUACAAAGUUGUGUGUUCGAACAUUAUUAAUUAGGGUUAUUGAACACGAAAAGAGUGAAUUAUACCUCAAAGCAGGCCCUGUGUGAAGCGACUGUUUUAUUAAACAGCAAUCGUUCGAGCUUAGUGCGAUUCGCAAAGGACAAAAACAGAUCCGACUUUUUGAAGAUCUGAAACAUUCCAAUAUUUAUAUUUAUAAUAUAUAUAUAUAUAUGUUGUACUUUAGUUGUAUUUUUUUUUGUAUAUCUUGGUCGUCGAUGUUUAUUCGUGUACGGCGUUAAAGCGAAGUUAGCUUUAAUAAAAAUCGUCCCAUCGUCUUGAAGUCGAAACUAAUUAUAGUCAUUAGCUCUCUUUUUUUUUACUUAUCGGUGAACCAUAUGAAGUUUAUAAGAAUAAGAAUAUAUUUAUAUACAUAUAUGCCUUCGCGACCGCUGAUCGAUUGCAAAGAUAUCUGUAUAUUUGGAAUAUCUAAAGUCGCGCAAAAGGUGUAUUUUUGGGCAGUAAUAUAUAUAGUAUCUAUUCACAAAUGAAAUGAUUUGGUACGUCCAUAUUUCGUCGUAUUUACGGUUUGGGUAUUUUUUUAACCAUUAAUAUAAGUUUUUUUUUAUAAUAACGACUAACAUUUUUGUACUAUUCAAUUAUAAAAAAAUAAUUAGUAACAUUCCAUUAGUAUGUAGGUCUGCAUAAUCAACCUGAUUUUAUAGAAUUUUUAUGAAUAUUUUGUAGGUUUUAGAUUGUAGGUGAAUUAAAAAAAAAAGAAGAGAUUAUAACAAUUAAUAUUGUAGACGACGACUCGUAGUUUUUUUUCGGUAGCUGUGUAGUUUUGUAAGCAUUUAUUAUCGUGUGAGCGAGAAAGAGUUUUUUUUUAAUUUUUAAUUUACCAAAUUAUUUUCAUACCAAUGCUAUUUACAAUACAUUUUUUUUAUUAAAUAAUAUUAUAACAGUAGACGGUGCAGCUAAUUAUCUCGAUGUAAAUUUUGAAUUACACGCGAAUGAAUAUAGUAAUAAGAAACAGUGCAUAUAUGCAAUAAUAUAUUAGGUUGUGUGCUUAAUAAAAACAUUGAUAAUUCAAUGUUGAAGUAAUUUUUUGAUAUUUAAGUAUAUUUUUGUAUGUAUUUUGUGUAAUGGUGGAUCUUGAUUUCCUCCCUGAAUACUCAAUUUUCGUGGCCAAAUAGUUGUUAAUAUCUGUGCCUUUAGGUUAUAACAUAAACAUGGUACAUAUAUAAAUAAAUAUAAUAUUAUAUAUGUUUACAUAAUCUCGAAAUGUCUAACAUUGUAAGAAAUCUAUCCGAUAAUUCGUAUAUGAUACCUUAAUCGAUUAUUAUAUAUUUGUGAUCAUACUUUUUUUUUGAAAACGUGUGUUAAAUAUUUACAAACGGUUUUUUGGUCUUUUACAUUGCAAAUAGUAAUAAAAAUCAUAUAAAAUCCACCGUAUACAAAUAUAAUUUAUUAAUAUAUCUAUUUAUAAUUUCCGCAAUACAUUCCAAUAAGAUAUUAUUAUUACCUUUACAUUCCAUUUGUGAACGAAAUUAUUUGUAAAAAUAAUGCAUUGCAAAAAAAUGAUAAUAAUUAAAAUUUGAAUGAUAUAAUAAUAUAUUACAUUAUAUUUAAGAUGUUGUGCUCAAAUAUGUUUGAGAUAGUACAGAUCUGUGUUUCCAUGACAAAGUUAGUAAUUAAUGAUAGUUUUUCUUAGUGUGUAAGUUUCUGUCGAAUUUUUGAGAACUGGGAAAACAAAUAAUAACAUUUGGUUUUCGAUCGUCAGCGACACAUUGAACUCGUUUCAUUUGGGAAAACAAUUGAUUUGUUUGUGCACUGUAUUAUUGAUUCUACAGUUUGACGCACGUCCGCCUGGAUUGCGUCGAUAUGACAUAAUAAGUACGUACGGUAACCGCAUUGACUUAGUUUUGGUCAUGUCAAUGAGACGUCACAUUUAAUUCUACAUGCCCUAUGUGGCGCACUGAAGAAAUUAUUUCGAUUUCUUUCGUAAUUAUUUCGAUUUCUGUUACUAUGGGGCCUAGAUUGCCAAACUUUGCCUUCUUUUGUUUGCUAAUGUAUGUUUUUUGUUUCUCUUAAACAUUAUAUUCAUUCUUAGUAUCUUCGGAUUUGUCUUUCCCAGAAUUUACUGGAUAGUCCGGCGCUCUAAGUAAGAAGAUAAAAAAGAGGAAUCGACAUAUUUCCUUUAGUGCGCUACGUAGGGCAUCGGUGACCUACAUAACACUAAAGGGGUUAAGCGAUUCUAAAUGUCAUUAAUAGUAUAGCUGUAGUAGUCGGAUGGAAUCGAAAAUCAAAAAUAAAACUUAGUCAUAAAUUGCUGUUUGGAUUGUAGAGUGGUACGAGUCAAAAUUUGUUACAACCGUUUCAAGCUAUCAUGUAACUUAUGUAUUAAAAUUGAACUUGCGUUAACUCAUGAUGGCCAAGUUAUUAGCAAUGCUUGUGGUAACUUUAAUAACAUAGGGGACGUAGAGACGAAAAAUUUUACAGCACACCAUAACCAUUGGAUUACCUUCAAUCAAUCUACUGAGCGAAUUGAUUGCGAUGCUUGCCCAGGAAAAAUAUAUCUUUGUUUUGAACAGCAACGGCUGUUUCGUGUCUGACAAUUCUAAUUGAGAUAUUUGAUUGUGUACAUUUUGUCUUGUAUCACUAAUUCGAUCAGCGAUCAUCAUUCCCGCCCAAAGGUCUUCAAGCUCCAUGCCAUAACCAUUUAAUUAUAUAAGAUCGUGUAAUACAUAUGUUUUUUUCCGUCUAUAUAAACAGUAUGUUUAUAUUCGAUUAAUCAAUACAUUAUCUUGUAGAAAAUAGGUUUUAUAUAUUUGUAAACUUUUUUCAUAUGCUAUAAAAAGUUAAAGUUGGCAGUAUUAAUUGAUUAUGUUUGCGCUCUUAAUUCUGCACGUGGCAGACAAAAGGUUUGCGAUUUAUAAUGCAAUGUUAAUUUAACUUUGAGAACAACUUAUAUCUGAAUUAACCAGCACAACAACUAACUGUGAUUAUCAUUAGGGAAUCAAAUUACUGUGCAAUGCACAGAAACUGCACAGUAAAUGUGUAAUCAGAGUUCAUGAAUAUUAACCAAGCCAAUUGAUUACAAGAACCGAAAGUACUAGAAUAUUUUUUCUGUUUAAAAUCCCUAUUAGCCGUAAGAGAUUAAUAAUAUUCAUUACAGAAUUAUUAUUACAUUGAUCCAUCGGAACUUUCGGUGUGCGAAAAUGAUAACACUUCGGUUAUUAUAAAAUGUCAGAGGGCAUGUAUUUUUUUAAGCAUUUAAGCAAGUAAAAAAGAUAGAACACGUAUUCAUUCUUUUGUUCACAUAUUUAAUAUGUAGUUGGAACCUUUUGUCUGUGCAUGUGGUUCAUUGAUUGAAUGAUGCAUGAGAUAGUUACGUUUAGUCUAAUAAAUACUUUUUCGCUACAGUAGAAUGACCAACAAAAAGGACACAUUUCGAAGACUCGUCUUUCAUAAUUAUUAAAAAUCAAAAACAAUUUCUAUUACUGCCAAUUUUAAACUUUAAACAACCUCAACACUGUGUAAUUUUGUCUUUUUCUAUUCACAUUUUAAUGACAGGAUGACGGGUGUGAAAUUGAAAAUAUCAAGUCCUUUAUGAAUUGACAUGAUGAAUUGAUAAUUAACUUGAAAACACCUCUUGGGUGUUUAAUUUAACUAUGAAAAAUGGCAAUAUACUCAAAAUAAUGAAGAAAUUCGAAAAACAUAUUGUAUUACUAAAAAUCAUGUCUAAAUAUUAAUUGAACACUUGAUAUACAUAAAUGCAUAAUAAUGAAAACUAUUUUCGACUUACGGGUAUUGUGUGUAAUAUUGAAGUUGUAAAGAAGAAGAAGUUUAAUAUUGUGUUUUAAUAUUAUAUAGGCUAGUGUUGAUCUAUCCUAAAGUAACACUAAAGAAAGACAUGAAUUACUAAAACGGAUUUAGUAUCAUAACGGAUUUUUUAUUUAUUUCACCAAUAGUAAUUUUAGUCGUGUGUAAUUUGCCUUAAACGGUGUUACUAUAACGAUUUGUAAACUUUUUAUGUUUACCUUAAGGGGCUGGGCGUGUAGAAUUUAAAUAAAUUAAUAAAAAUGUUAAAUUCAAAUUCAGAGCGGAGAGGGCUGAUCGCUUCAUGUCGAUAAUAUAAACCCACCCACUCUUCACUGCCAAUGUAUCGAUAAACCAUUCAAGGUGGUUGAUUGCACUAUCGUUUUCAGACGUGACACCUAUAGAACUUUCAAAAUAAAUUCUAAAAAAAAACACCGUUCUCAUAAGAACGAUAUUUUAAAAAAAACUUGAUAGUCUCUUCCCCUUUCUUAAGUACCUACAUGUUUAUAAAGUAAUCUCUUAUUGUUUUUCUCCACGUUAUCCCACUAGGUGAAGUCGGCACAGCGAAUUUUUCUAUUCCAUUCUUUUCUAUCAGCCGUCAUCUUAACACCCACUCCUCGCUCUCUCUCAUAUCGUCAGUCACACACUCCAUCCAUGUCUUCUUCGGUCGACCUCUUCCUCCUCUAUAUGUGUAUAAGGUAAUAACAUGUAAUAAACAUUCUGAUGGUUAAACAUGUUAAUUUAUAAAGUUUUCACACAAUAUUAUAAUACAAAAGCAACACCUCGAGAUAGAUAAUGGGUUCAAGAAUCUGAUAAAACCAAAUAUCUGUAUUUGUUCCACAUCUCCAUUGAUACGGACGCAGCCACCACCACUGAAGUAGCGAUCAAUAGUUUAACCAAAACAAACUUCCAUAAACUGUAUUUUUUGAAAAGUUACACUUUUGUUAUCACUAAUUAACUUUCUUCAAGCCAGACUUGGUAGAAUAUAUUUUAAACAGACCGUCACUAGCGCUUCCGAACUCUAGUGACCGCUUAUCAUUAGGUUUCGUAAUGCUCGCCGACUUUUGAACAAAUAAAAAAUAUGAAAUAACUAUCAUUAAGUUUUGUUUGACUAUUAAAGGCAUUUUUCAAAUUAAUUCCCGUCAUCCCAACUAUGUUACUAUGGUACGAUGAAACUCUCAAAGAUUUUUAAAAACAAGUCUUUUAGAUACAUACUUGUAACAGUAACGUAAUAUAUGCACACGAAUAUAUAGAUUAAUAUUAACAGUACAUUAAUAUUAACAGCUAAAGUACAAAGCGAUUGUCGAAAUCAAAAUUGAAUCUUGUUGUUGAACAAGUAAAUUUUUAAACAAUAUUGUUGAAAUUUCAUAUUUUUGUAUACAUUCCAUUAUUUAAGGAAAAUAGAUACGUAUAUAUAUCAUAUAUGUAUAGUGAUGUAUUGUUCGACAUUGGCCAGUAUAAUUAGAUAUGACAUUUGGUUAAGCGGAAAUCUAAUUAAUAACAUUUUUAAAAAAAACUACGAUUCUGGAAUAAAUAAUAAAAUUGUAAUGAGUCGGUUGUGAAAUUGUUAUGAUAUAACUUGAACAUAAUAUGUAUGAAUGUACAAUAUAUUAAUUACGAACAAAAGUGCAUUCUGCGAUAGUAUAGAAAUCAGAACUGAAAAAAAAGACACCUUAAAACGAAUUUAAAAUAAUACGAAAAUGUAAAUUUAACGAAUUAAUAGAUGCGAAACGAAAUUAGAUCACUCCGUUAUACGGCACUCGAAUACUGUUCGAUAAUAUUCGAACAAUAAUAUUAUAAUAAGGACGAUAUAUCAGAUUACAAUAUCAUGAUCAAGUUUACUAAAUUAUAAUAUAGUAAAAUAUUUUCGGCAAACGAAAUAAAAUCUGAUGCUGUGUAUGCGUCUUAUCGAAUUAUUAUUCAUUUAAAUCUGUACUUUUAAUUAAGAGUUAUCUCGAAUUUACAGUAUUAAACAAUAGUAUUUAAAAAAAUGUAUGGUUGUGAAAAAGGCAAGAUAAAAAAAUAAUUGCGGAUUGACAAUGUGCUCCCGACUGUAAUUGAGGCCGUUAGCAUAAAAGUGGCUUUAGCUUACCAUAGUUCGCAUGAAGAUAAUGAGGUUUGAAUUUACUUAUACACUGCUUUGUAGGCAAAACAUUAAGCGCAAAAAUAAUAUUUAUAAAUCCAUCUGUUAUCUAUGUGUAAAAGUAUGGGUAGGCCGGUUUGCAUUAAAAUUUAUUUAUGUUUUAAAUAAAUUGCAGUAUAGUAUAAGCACGAAUAUAAAAAUUGCGGCAUCCUCUUCUGCGCUGACGGCCUCAAUGAUUGUCACUGAACGGAAUGGAUGGCGACUGCGUCUUGGUAUCGUGUUGGCGAACAUUAUGUCCUUAACAGUUCCGAAGAGGGACGUAAUUUCAUUGAGCUGUCUGGCGGCUACAGUUUAGUCAUUUGAACACAGCAUCGGAUUUUGGUUUUUUUUUUUUAAAACACUUCAAGUGAUGAAUUUGCUCAAGACAAUUGAAUUUCAAAUUGUACCGUAAGACUAUCGUACCCUAAAUCUACAUAUUUUAUAUAAUGGAGUUUUUGCGCAGUGUGCGCUUAGAAGUAUUUUUAGUAUUGUUUAGCAUGAGAUCGUUGUGUGAUCUUCAUCAUACUCAAAAUAUUUUAAUUUUUAUAUUGUAGCUUUACAUGAUGUAAUAAAUUAUAAUUUUGUACGAUA